AUGUUAAAGAUCUCAAACAAUAGACCAACAGGUUGCAGUGCAGCAAGAACUUUGACAAGCUCCAUCUUAUUGUCACCAUCUCGUCUGAACGCAUCUAGUAAAGUAGUGAAUGCGAAGUGGGUUUUAUAUCGACUUUCUUCAUCUUCAAGAAUACAUCGUAAGCCAUGUGGCUCAGAAAAUGGGUUGAUAAUGAACAUUCAGUUUCUCAAUAGACUUCUUUCCCAUUUGAUUAAGGAAGAUAUCUCAACAUCUGGAGGGGACAAACAAGCUGACUCUAAUUUCUUUCCACCAAGCCCAUUUGCAACAACCACCAACAGAGUUUGGCAAGCAAGAUAUUCUGUCAUGUUAUCUGUACCAGUGCCGGUGAACUCCUUACGGGCAGCGAUUUACCUCAAAGUCUUUUGCAAUGUGCUGAGGUACCUGCCAUGGAUGGAGGUGCCAACAGGAUUUGGUGGUAUCACCAUCCUUGAAAUGCUAGGAAAAGGCUUUGGCGUUAAUGCAGUAAACAGGUGCCUAUCAGAGUCCUUCUUGAAUGGCACAGAAUUACUAGGAAGCUUGUGGAUCUUGAAGCAAUUGGUCAAAGUGAGGAUCAGAAAGCAGUUCAUGAAUGAUCUUGUCCCGAUGCUCAUCAUCGAAUACUUCAAGACAUUUUUGAACCACAUGACUAUUGUACGUCUCCAUUGA